UUUUCCUAAUUUCCUUUUCUGUUCUCGCUUCGAGGACGAUAUGGAGAGAUGCAUUAUACCACGGACCGGGAAACUUCACUGGAUUUGGGAAAAAUUGAAGAGCGGCUCGAGGUUCUGGCGUCUUUGUGUGUAGUGGAUAUCGGCCUCUCCUUGCUGUCCGGGAUGGCUCUCGGGAUAACGUCCUCGUCCUCCGCUCGAGGCGUUUGCGUCUAAACCUUGAAGCCAUUCCACCCCGGGAUUAGGAGUCUUCCUCGCUAACAAUCUCUCCGAGUCCUGAAAACGGAUUCGCCUCUUCACCGACCGGAAGAUUUAAGCCAUGGACGGACAGCAAGGUGAGUAAGCCUCUGGAAGAGUGUAUAUAUCAAUUGACCCCUCGGACCGAAAUACGGUACUCCAAUUUCUGCCCACGGCUUGCAACUCUGAUCUGGACA